GCCCCGCCCCGCCUAGCACGUCGCGGUCUCACAGACCGUGGUGUAAACACUGCGUGGUUGCCAGCAGACUCAGAGCUGCCGAGCACAGCUGAUCGGUACAUUUCUAGUCGAGACUUGUUAGUGUGUACUUGUGACCAUGACAGAUUCUGCUCCUGCUCCGCCACCAGAACUCAUUCAGCUUGUAACAAUGGGUGACGAUGUCACAUCCAUUAGAAAUUUGCUCCUGAAAGGUGAAGCUAAGGUGGAUGACACUGACAGCAGUGGCAUGACAGCCCUGCACCAUGCGGCCUACAAGGGAAAUGCUGAUCUCUGUAAGAUGCUUAUUGACCAUGGAAGUGAUGUUAACUCGGACAGCCAUGACCAUCGUUACUCUCCGCUGCAUUUUGCUGCUUUGUCUGGCAACAUUGAAGCAGUACGACAUCUUUUAACAGCUGGAGCCAGAACUUAUCAUACUAACACUUUGGGCAGAACUGCCACACAGAUGGCAGCUUUUGUGGGUAAUCAUGCAGUAGUAGCAUUGAUAAACAAUUAUGUGCCCCUGAGUGAUGUGACCCAGUACACUACGCCAUCAGGAUUAGAGAAAGAGGCCAAGCUCCCAUCAAUAGCAGCCAAAGCUGUUUAUGACCUUAUCAUGCAGGUGAAUCUCCAUCCGGUUCGGAUUGCACUUAUUGUAGGAGGCUCAGAUAUCCUGCAGAUGAACAUAAGUAAGACAUGGCGGCUACUUGAACACAUGUGCGAGAAGGAAAGUAAACGCUCAGAGAAUGUAAAUGAGGUAAUCUGCAUGAAAUUCCAUUACUUGGCAUAUGUUCUAAAAACCUUGGAGAAGGAGCUGAAGAAGAUGGAUCCAGAAACCCAAAGCAAAACAGAUACAUGUAUUUUUGAAAGUAUUAUUAGGAAGUGGCUACGAGGUCGUCCAUCGGAUGGUGUUGAGGAACAUUUAGAGUACUAUAUUAGAGAUGGGAUCAAAGCUUUUCCAUGGGUAGAGAUGCCGCUUUUUAUUCAACUUGUGCGAAAUAUGAGUGGUAAUCACUUAGGAGACACUUCGUCCCUCUGCAUCCUCAGUGGCUGCAUCAAUGGCCAGAGGGCCUUCCAAGAUGACAAGGCAUGUUCUACUUGUGGUCAUGAAAUGAGUAAAGACCUUAAAAAAUGCUCAAAAUGUAAGAUGGUUCAGUAUUGUGAUAAGUGUUGUCAGAAAUUACAUUGGCCAAUCCACAAGAAGUUCUGUGACAAGCUUUGUGUGGAAUAUCAAAAACAAGAAAAGAAAUUACAAGAAGAAAGAAGGAAAGAGGAAGAGGAAAACGAAAGGAAAAAAGCUACAAGUGCAAGUGCUGAUAUAGAAGAAAGAAAAGAUGAAGAUCAUGACAAAGAUUUAGCUAGUCAAGCAAAAAGUAUUAAUGUUUCUUAGACAUAAGAGGAGAUAUCAUAAAGUAUGUUGCAGAUGUCAUGUAUUGAAUGAACAUUACAUGCUGAUGUUAUUAAGAUGUUAACUUUAAGUUAUGAUGUGCAAGACAGUGAUAUUCACAUGUAAAAGCAGAUAUCAGUUUAGCAACUCUUUGGAGUAGGAGUUCUCAACCUUUUUUUUUAGUAAGAAUUAUCUACCCAAUCCUCAGUAAUCUGACAUCAAUAGGAUCAGCCAUCUAAGUGGCCUACCCCUGGAAAUCUUUUUGAUGUUAAUUUAAUGACUGACACUAACUCAGUUUGCAAUUGUACUGCAAAGAAUAUUAGAUCAGCCUUCCAAGUGCC